UACAUUCUUUAUUUGCUUUUUCUCAUAUCAAAAUGCUGGGAGGUCUGUGGCAGGGCAUGAAAUUUAAUUUGCCCUGGGACCAAACACUCACCUGGAAAUGUCUGACCAUCUGGACUACAGAAGAGAAGAGAUUAUUUUUCUUUUUAUGGCAGAUUACUCAAAAUAACCUUUGUUGCCAUCAUAGCUGUAAUGACUCUGGUCCCUCACCAGCAGUUAUUUAAAAUUAUUGUCAAGAUUCAAAAAUUUGAUUGCAAGCUUUAACCAUUCUGUUGGAUUUGAGCACUUUGGGGUUUAGAUUCUGUGGGGAAAAUCUUUAAUUAGCCUUCUAUAAGUGGAAAUUGACUAUCAGGAUUUAAACAUCUUAAUUUUCCAGAAAUUGAAAAAAUUGGUGCUCUUUUCAUGAUAAAAGUACUAUAAAAGAUUUUUUAAAAAGGGGGCCUUGAGCAGGGUUUGACUUUUUUUUCUGGACUGAAAUGGAGGCUUUCUUUCAAGCGAAUUCCCUGAUGUUUGCUGUGUGUGAUUUGGCUCUAUCUCUGUAACUGCUAAUAUGUGGCGUGGACUUCAAGCUGUCUGGGAUCUGGAUGUGCCCAAAGUCUGUACUGCAAGUCGGGUUUCACAGGCAUUAUGUUACAAAACUGGCUUGCUGCCUUCUCUGUUUUCUCUGUCCUGAGUAGCUGCAUUGUUUGUUGCAGUAUAUGCAUUAGCUGUUGUCUAUGUUCAGUUUCCUGCAGGCUGAAAAAGUGGGAGGGGCUUUGUUUGAUUCAUAGCUGAGUUUUCACUGUGUGAGUUCUUGAGUGCACAUUGCAGCCAUCUUAAUUACACUUUAGUGCAACUGAGACAGUGCAGCUGUCUCAAAAUGGCUGCUAACCUAGUCUUUGUAGCUGCUUAGGCAGCAACUAUGCCAGUGAGGAGACUUGUCACAUGCAUCAGGACCAGAGUACAUGGUAGCUGAUUGAAGGAGAUCCAGUGACAUCAGCAAAAAGUGACAAUUGAAAGUGAAGAGAUGAAAGAAAUACUAAUUAGAAACAUAUAAGUACUUUGAGGUCUUUUAAUGUGACAAUAAGUUCUCUUUUGUUUAAAUGUUAUCGCUGUGUUAAAGACAUCAGUAUCUAUCAACUUGAUGUUCCCGAUGAUAUUGAAUAAGAAAAAGUUAAAUUAUGUUCAAGAUAGGCAGUUUACUAAACAGGCGCUGUUUUGAUGGUUGGCGUACAAGAUCCCUGCCCUCAAGGAGUUUACAUUGGGGCAGGGGAAACGGUUCAAAAUGGAUGGUAUAGAAGAACCUCAAAAAAAAGUCUUUAAGGCUCGAAAAACGAUGAGAGUGAGUGAUCGUCAACAACUUGAAGCAGUGUACAAGGUCAAAGAAGAACUGUUGAAAACUGAUGUCAAGCUAUUAAAUGGCAACCAUGAAAAUGGAGAUUUGGACCCAACCUCACCUUUGGAAAAUAUGGAUUAUAUUAAUGCCAAAGAAGAGGUGAAUGGUAUUGAACAGCUUUGUUUUGACUCUGAAAAAAGUAAAUCAGAAUGGAAAGAAACACCCUGUACCUUAAAUAUUAAUGUAAAAAACAAGCAAGAUGAUGAUUUAAAGUGUGAACCUUCAUCUCCUAAUAAUAUAACUCCUGAACUAGCCUCUAAACUGACUGCUGAACCAGCUUCUGAUCCAGCCUCUGAUGAUCUGGCUAUUGGAGAUCCAGCCUCUGGAGAUUCAGCCUCUGGAGAUCUGGCUUCCGAAGUAUUAGCCUCUGGUGAUCCCACCUCUGGUGAUCCCGCCUCUGGUGAUCCUGCCUCUGGUGAUCUCGCCUCUGGUGAUCCUGCCUCUGGUGAACCUGUCUCUGGUGAAUCCAUCUCUGGUGAAUUGGUCUCUGGUGAACCCGUCUCUGGUGAGCUGGUCUCUGGUGAACCGGUCCCUGGUGAACCAGUCUCCAGUGAACCAGUCUCUAGUGAUGUGGCCUCUGAUGAUUCAGCCUCUGGUGAUCCAGCCUCUGGAACAUUGGCCUCUGAGGAUCCAACCUCUAGUGAUCUGGCCUCUGGUGAUCCAGCCUCUGAUGAACCGACUUCUGAUGAACCAACCUCUGAAUCAGCCUUUGAUCGCACCUUUGAACCAACUUCUGUACCAGUUUGUGAACCAGUUCCUGAAACUGACAAUGUAGAGUUUAGUAGCAAUAAAGGUGAUAAUUUUCUUGAAAAAAAUAGGGAUGAUGAAAAAUUAGACCAAAUUUUCUCAUUUGAUGAGAAAAAUAAAGUUGAUAGUAAUCUUGACGCUGAUGGAGAAACUCUAGAAACAGAUGACACAGUUAUUUGUUCAGAUCUACCUCCUGAAAAUGAAAAGAAGGUGGAGAAAGAUGCUAUCAUAGAACCUGCUCUUGGAGAGGAGGCUAUAUCUAGCAGUAUGGAAAUUGACCAAAGUGAAAAGAAUGAAGAUGAGAAUUGUGCAGAAGACCUUCCAGAAACCAUUAGUGAAAAUGUUAUGAAAGAUAACAAAAAUGAGAAUAUCUUAGAAAAUACAGAUUCUUUGGAGACAGAUGAAAUCAUUCCUAUUUUGGAAAAACUUGCACCUGCUGAAGAUGAACUUACUUGCUUUUCUAAAACUUCUAUCCUUCCAAUUGAUGAGACAAAUCCAGAUUUGGAAGAGAAGAUGGAAGGCUCUUUUGGUUCACCAUCUAAACAAGAAAGUAGUGAGAGUUUGCCAAAAGAAGCCUUUUUGGUCCUCUCUGAUGAAGAGGAUAUUUCGGGUGAAAAAGAUGAGUCUGAAGUUAUAUCACAAAAUGAGACAUGCUCUCCAGCAGAAGUAGAAAGUAAUGAAAAGAACAGCAAACCUGAGGAAGAAGAGCAAGUAAUACAUGAAGAUGAAAGACCUUCUGAGAAAAGUGAAUUUUCCAGAAGAAAACGUUCUAAAUCAGAGGACAUGGACAAUGUCCAGUCCAAACGCCGUCGAUAUAUGGAAGAAGAGUAUGAGGCAGAAUUUCAAGUAAAGAUUACAGCCAAAGGAGAUAUUAACCAGAAGCUACAAAAGGUUGUACAGUGGUUGCUGGAAGAAAAGUUGUGUGCACUACAGUGUGCUGUAUUUGAUAAGACUUUGGCAGAAUUGAAAACACGAGUGGAAAAGAUUGAAUGUAACAAGAGGCAUAAAACAGUUCUUACUGAACUACAGGCCAAGAUAGCCAGGUUAACCAAACGCUUCGGAGCAGCCAAAGAAGAUCUUAAGAAAAGACAAGAAAAUCCACCAAACCCACCUGUAUCACCAGGAAAGUCUGUAGUUGAUGUCAACAGCAAUAACAGUGUGCCCUACAGAAAUGUAACCACAGUGAGACAGAUGCUGGAGUCCAAAAGAAAUGUAAGCGAGAGUACACCGCCAUCCUUUCAAACCCCUGUGAAUACAGUAUCUUCAACCAAUCUUGUCACUCCUCCAGCAGUUGUCAGUAGUCAACCUAAACUGCAGACUCCAGUGACUUCGAGUUCUCUGACAGCAACGUCAGUUCUUCCUGCACCCAACACAGCUACAGUAGUUGCUACUACUCAGGUGCCUAGUGGAAAUCCCCAACCUACAAUUUCUUUACAGCCUUUACCAGUGAUUUUGCAUGUACCUGUUGCGGUAUCCUCCCAGCCUCAGCUCCUACAGAGCCAUCCCGGGACUUUAGUGACCAAUCAACCAUCUGGCAACGUUGAAUUCAUUUCUGUACAAAGCCCACCUACAGUGAGUGGUCUUACCAAAAAUCCAGUCUCCUUGCCAUCUUUGCCAAACCCUACUAAACCAAACAACGUUCCUUCUGUGCCCAGUCCUAGUAUUCAAAGGAACUCUCCUGCCAGUGCUGCACCGUUAGGAACAACACUUGCUGUACAGGCUGUUCCAACAGCACACUCUAUUGUACAAGCCACAAGGACUUCUUUACCCACAGUAGGCCCAUCGGGACUCUAUAGUCCAUCAAAUAAUCGAGGUCCUAUACAGAUGAAAAUUCCAAUUUCUGCUUUUAAUACUUCAUCUUCUGCAGAACAGAGCAGCCCUACUACCCCAAGAAUUGAAAACCAGACAAGCAAAACAAUAGAUGCUUCUAUUAAUAAGAAAGCAGCUGAUAGCACAUCACAGAGUGGUAAAGCCACAGGCAGUGAUUCAGGAGGUGUCAUUGAUCUCACAAUGGAUGAUGAAGAGAGUGGAGCUUCACAAGAACCUAAAAAGCUAAAUCACACUCCUGUGUCAACCAUGAGUUCUUCUCAGCCUGUGUCUCGACCGUUGCAACCCAUCCAGCCAGCACCACCUCUUCAACCAUCUGGGGUGCCAACAAGUGGACCAUCUCAGACAACCAUACAUUUACUACCUACAGCUCCAACCACCGUGAAUGUAACACAUCGUCCAGUAACUCAGGUGACCACGAGACUCCCUGUACCAAGAGCUCCUGCAAACCACCAAGUGGUUUAUACAACUCUCCCAGCACCACCAGCUCAGGCUCCCCUGCGAGGAACUGUCAUGCAGGCGCCUGCUGUUCGGCAGGUCAAUCCCCAAAAUAGUGUCACAGUUCGAGUGCCUCAAGCAACUACUUAUGUUGUAAACAAUGGACUAACCCUGGGAUCAACAGGACCUCAGCUCACAGUGCAUCACCGACCACCACAAGUGCAUACCGAGCCCCCACGCCCUGUACACCCAGCACCCUUACCGGAAGCCCCACAACCCCAGCGUCUGCCCCCAGAAGCUGCCAGCACAUCUCUGCCUCAGAAGCCACACUUGAAGUUAGCACGAGUUCAGAGUCAAAAUGGCAUUGUACUGUCAUGGAGUGUCCUGGAGGUGGAUCGAAGCUGUGCCACUGUUGACAGCUACCAUCUCUAUGCUUACCAUGAGGAACCCAGUGCCACUGUGCCCUCACAAUGGAAAAAGAUUGGAGAAGUAAAGGCACUUCCCUUGCCCAUGGCAUGCACUCUCACCCAGUUUGUAUCUGGCAGCAAAUACUACUUUGCAGUACGAGCCAAGGAUAUUUAUGGACGUUUUGGACCUUUCUGUGAUCCUCAGUCAACGGAUGUGAUCUCUUCUUCCCAGAGUAGUUAAACCUUGGAGCCUUUAUCUCUUCCUCUUUCAGAAUUUCCACUUUGUUCUUAUUUAAUCUUGUGCAUGAUACCCAUUGUAAAAUCCACAUUGUGCAAGAUUUCUUGGACAGAUGUGUAUAUACACUACAUUUGUUUAUAAUCACGAGUAAAAUAAACUCAGCCCAUAAAGCAAGAAUCUUUUCCUGGACAAUUCAAGCUUCAAGGUUUUGAAACGUAAAUGUGCACCUUGCUUUAGUUUUGAGGCUGGGAAAUAUGUGUGGGUGUUUGUGUGUGUUUUUCCCUAUUUAUAUGUUUACUGCAGUGGAAUUGCCCAUUUUCAUUCUCAAAUUUACUUCUACUCCAAUAUGAAGUAAGUAGGUCAAAAGAUCUGAGGUAUGUAACUGGCAUGAUUCUGCUUCUGAGGGAUCUGUAUGUUCAUAGUUAAGUGAUUUAAACUGAAUCUAAGCAAAACCCAAAGAAAGAAAGAAAAAUGGUUAAUAGUUUAAAAUAGGUUAAUUUGAACACAGGAAAUGAUCUGUUCAUCUUUUCUUUUGUCUCUUCUGGGUUGUUAAUUAGGUGAAAAAGAUCUGCAAUGGCCCCUCCCUUUCCUAAUCUGACUUUUACAUUUAUUUUGUGCCUUAAAGAUUAACCUCACAAAUAAACACGGCCAUUUGUGCACGAUCA